AUGAAAAUCAUCGUCGUUGCUCUGGCUCUGGUAGUCCUCGUUGCUGCCCAGGACGACAAGUACACCACCAAGUACGAUAACAUCGAUGUGAACGAGAUCCUGCAGUCGGACCGUCUGUUCAACAACUACUUCAAGUGCCUGAUGGAUGAGGGCGUUUGCACCCCGGAAGGUAAUGAGUUGAAGCGUGUUCUGCCGGAAGCCCUAGAGAACAACUGUGCCAAGUGCAGUGAAAAGCAGAAGGAAACCAGUAGUAAAGUCAUCAAGAAUCUAACCGAGAACCGACCGGAACAGUGGAAGGCCCUGAAGGCCAAGUUCGAUCCGGAGAAUAAAUAUAUCGAGAAGUAUUCCGAUGAUGCCGACAAGGAUGGAAUCAAGUUGUAG